AUGAGUGCCCCUGCUUAUUUAAAAAGAGGCAGCGUCCCGUUGCAGGAUUCUGGUGCUGCCAUGGCUAAUGCGAACCCGGCGUCGGCGUUUGGCCAGCCGACGAACCCCUACAUCACGUUCACGGCCUCCUCUCCCAACGGUUUGCAGAAUGCCCAGCCGAUGCCGGCCAGGAAAAGAAUCUGGGUCAAACGUCCAGGUGGCAACGCCACGACGCUGUUUGUGGGUCCAGGAGACCUCGUGGACGACGUCAAGUCGCAAAUCAUGCUCAAGUUCCCCACCACACUGGCACAGCAGUUCGACCCCUCAGAGCUCAUUUUGAAACUGGAGAUCCCGUCUGUCUUGUCUCCGUCCUCGUCCGCGUUUAAUACUGCUUCGGGCCACCCGCAACGAGACUCCACUUUCCAGAACUCCCCGCUGGCGGCCCAGAACUCCACGUAUGCACCGAAAACCAUCAUGAGCCGCUCCAGCAGCACCAACUUACAGGGCAACAAAAUGUCGAAAAUGAGGCCGCACGCAGCUGUCGGGGAGAACCCCUCGCUCCACGCGCAUCCGGUGUCACCGAUCCCUGUGUCCGCAUCCAAGUCGUCGCUGUUGAGCCACAACGAGGUCUCGGCAGCAGACCGGGUGCCCGAGCCAACUCACAAACCGUCGCCCGUUGGCCAUACCCGGACCCAUGCCAAGUCGCGAACCACCACCAUAGUGCUGGAGCCCGAUGCGUUCAUCUGGAAGAUAGUGGACCAGUACUUCCCAUCCGGCAUGAAGGUGGAGGACUCGUUCAUCAUCGACACGCCGUACCCGGUGGUGGAAAAGAGACCCAGUGCCAAGACGACGUUCCCGCAGGCGGCCGAAACGAGCUCUCUCAGCCAGGCCGGUGCAGGCGGCCUGGUCAACCCAGAAGCUAAGGACGCCGCGAAUGCUCCGCCUUUCUAUAGUGGCUCGCUGUCUGGCCGGUCCAACCCGACUAGGACUCCCCAGGACGCCGCUUUUUCAGACAAUAACUACUCUGGAAAGGUAGCAGUGCUGGGCGAGCAGAGCCUGCCUCCUCCAAGAGAGUUCACCAGGCUAGGACGCAAUUCUGUCCAGGACCAGAAUCAGUCUUCCUCCACAGUGAUUCUUUUCCCAAAGGGCACCAGGACAGGCAGUAAAUCGCCGGCCUCGCAAUAUUCCAACAACGCCCCGACUCCUGGAAGAACGCCGACAUUCGAGGAGAACCAUGCUGCAGACGAGUCCAAUAAGGCCUCCACGACUCCAGAAAGCGCGUCCUCGUCUUCAAAACACCCAAUCGUGCUCAAACACGGGCCAAAAAAGGAGGAAGUGGCGUCGGCGCUGCGUUUGAAACAGCAACCGAAGCCAGGGAUUAAUAAGAUCCUGAACAACAUUAAUGUACUGGUUGUGGAGGAUAAUUUGGUGAAUCAGAAAAUUCUGGCCAGACACCUAAAGUCCUGUAACGUUCAGUUCAAAAUCGCUUCCAACGGAGAAGAAGGCCUGCAGCUGUGGAAGGAAGGAGGCUUCCAUCUUUGUUUUAUGGAUAUCCAGCUGCCUGUGAUAUCCGGAAUCCAGGUGACGGAGGAAAUUAGACGGCUGGAACGACUCAACCGGAUUGGGAAUUUCGCCAACUUAUCUCUUCCGACGGAGCAGGAGGAGUUGAAGCCGGCUGACCAGCUGGACCACGACCUGUUCCGUUCGCCGAUAAUCAUUGUGGCGUUAACGGCGUCGACGUCUGCGGCCGACAAGCAACAGGCUCUGGCUGCUGGCUGCAACGAUUACUUGACGAAGCCUGUGCAGCUGAAGUGGCUUCGGAAUAAGCUGACAGAAUGGGGUUGCAUGCAAGCGCUGAUCAACUACGACCACUUCAGAAACGGUAAAGAUUAA